CGCCGAUCAGUCACGUUGUUUUGUUUUUUCCGCAGUGGCGGUAAUAACAUUUUGUUAACGUGAUGCUACUUGUUUAUUGUUUCGGACUGUUAUUCGUGUGCAGUUAUUAUGUCCGAAAUUACUUGAAGAGAAAACUCGACUCCCAUCAGUCAUCAAAGAAAGUCAAUAUGAGUGAUGAUGAGUUCUGUGAUCCAGGAGCUGCUCAUAAACAUUGGCAAAAAAAAACAGAAAACUCAUCCUCUUCAAAAGGAGUAACUCGAUGGAAGAGGCAGACUCCCUUACAGAGUACACUAAUUCAUAAAUGUGAGAAACGACAGAGAAAGGAUAUGGAAAAUGAAUAUGGCAUAAUCGACUUAACAAUGAACGAUGCUGCAGCAGAAGAAAGUCCUGCUAAAAAGUUAUCACUAGACAGUAUUUCACUAGCAACUCCUUCCAAGAUCAAUGUUAAAAAAAAAUCACUUAAUGCUGGAGGACUAUUUCGUUGGAUUAAUAAACCUUCAUCAAGUGCUUUUGUUGAAGAAGUUAAAGUACAGUCAAAACCAGAGAGGAUAGAAGUGAUUCCAAUAAAAGAAGUAGAGAACAUAGAAAUAACAGACGAUGAAAGUGAGCCAGGCAUUAGCGAUGAUAGUCUAAAUAAUCCUAUAUUGGAAUCGGAUAAACAGUCAUUUGACCAAUCCAAAAUUGACGGUCUUAUACAAAAAUAUGUUCAGACAAUACCCAAGUCUGUUCCCAGGGUUUUCAGACCUAAGUGCAAAGAUGUUCCUUUGCCUGCUGGUAUGCCUCCUGUUAUUGCUGGAGUCCCUGUGAAAUUUCCUAUAUCACCUUACAAAAGUCAAAUUUCUGUAAUGAACGCUGUUAUUAAAGGCUGCGCAAAGCAGGAACAUUGUUUGCUAGAAAGUCCAACUGGUAGUGGAAAAACUUUGGCUUUAUUGUGUGCUGCAUUAGCUUGGCAAACACAUUUCCAAG